GGCUCCCGCAGCCGGGGCGGAUGGAGCUGGAGGCGCUGUGCCCCGCGGGCGGCUUCGCCCGGGCCGGGUGGCUGUUGGCCGUCGCCUCGUGGCUGCGCGGCCUGGCGCUGGGGCUCGCGCUGAGCUCCGAGCCGCUGCCCCCCGCGCUGCUCCGCGCCAGCCUGCCGCGCCCGGAGCCCCUGCCUGCUGCUGCGCUAUCGGGAGCCCAGCGCUGGGGUCCCGGUUGCGGGGACAGGAAGCCGGCGCUGGGGACCGCGGGACCAGCUCCUGAGUGGAAGGACAGAGGUCCCAGUCCCGGAGACUCGGGGAAGCGGGCGUCCCUGGAAAGCCUCAUGCAGAGCCUGUGGCUGACGGACAGGCCGCAUGGGGCGAGGGCAGCUGCAGGAAAGCAGAACGUGGACUCCAGGCCCCGGCCAGAAGCGGGGCCUGGACUGCCCGUCAACGUCACAGACAUAGCUUGCCUGGGGCCCCGAAACCUGCUGGGCCUCCCUCCUCCCACCCCCACCUACAGCCGCCUCCUGUUUGGGGGUGGAGCAGGACAUCUAGAGACCCUCCCAGCCUGGCACUUUGGGGUUCCCAGCAACUGGGAAGGAAGGUCCUGGGCCCAGGAGGCCUGGACUGGCCGACAGGUGACAGGUGGCCUGUGCCUCACACAGUGGAACCUGACACGUGAGGACGCCUGGAAGGUGCCUGAGCAGAUGACUCGCCGCUUGGGCGGGCUGCUGGGCUGUGUCCUCCUGGGCGUCAUGUGUGACCGUUUUGGCCACAGGCCCGUUUGCGGGGUCUCUGGGGCCAGCGCGGCCCUGGGUGCCAGCUUCCCCGCACUGCUGGCCCUGCGGCUGCUGCUGGGGACCGCCCUGUCAGGGACUCUCCUCGCCCUCUGCAUGGCUCUCCCGCUGCUGGCUGCUGGCCACGGGGCAGCCGGCACAAGCCGGGAAGAUUCCGCACUUUGUGGAAGCCAGCGGUGUGGACCCAGAGGACAACUGCUCCUCGGGAGGGAACUCCCGGGGGGCGGGUAGGGCUGCAGCCAGGGGAGGGAGACCCCGGGAGCCCCAAGCCCUGCACUGCUCUGUCCUGAGGCUCCUGCACACCCACGUCACCUGGCAGAACGGGCUUAUCCUGGGAUUCAGUUCGUGAGGAGGGGGAAGGGGGAAGGCGGUGGGGGACCCUGCUUCCUCGAUGUUCUGGCCCCACAGGAGCUGUCCUUCUUGCCCUACUUCCUGGACGCCAGCCUGGAGGUGGUGGCCACAGUGUUCCUGCUCCUGACGGCGGAUCGCUGGGGCUGUCGCCCGGUCCUGCUGCUGACCACCAUGGCCACUGGCCUGGCGUCCCUGCUGUUCCUCACCGGGACCCAGUACCUGCCCGGCUGGGCCCUGCUGCUGCCCUCGCUCCGGGGCUCCCGGCCUCCAGGCCGUGUCCGCGCUCAGCUGCCUCUAGCCCCCGAGCUCUUCCCCACCGUGACCCGGAGAGCGCCGCAGCCCCCCACCUCCGCCGGGACCCCUGGGGUAGGGGGGGCCGGGGCAGACACCCCCGUGCUCAUGCCACCACUCCGAGUUCAGCCCUCCUCCUGGCCGGUGUGGGGUCCCUGGGCUCCCCAAGAAGGCUCUGGUCGGGGGCCCCUGCCCGGCAUCACUCGCCCCCCACGUCCCCCACCCCGCAUGGCGGACGCUGAGCCAGGCGGGCACCCGUCUGCCUGUCCGCAGGGCGCUGGGCUGGGCCUGGUGCCGGCCGCCGUCCACGGCCAUCGCGGCUUCUUCCUGCGCCACGUGCUCUUGGCAGCCUGUGCCAUCCUGGUGCUGCUCCGCGGCCUGCUGCCGCCCCAGCGCCUGCCCGAUGCCCACGGCCUGUGCGGCCCCCGCGGGACCAGCUGCCCCUGCUGCUGCCCCCCAGUGCCCGUCCCCCCAAGCCAGGAGGGGGCCUGGCUGAGCACCCCGCCGCCCCAGUGGCCGGGGUCCCCACAGGCAAGAGUCCCACUGGGGACCCUGCUGACAGGGGCACCGACUCCCGGCCACGCCCGUGGGUGGGGGAUAAAGGUGUUUCAGGGAGUCCAGGGUCUCGCCCUGGUCCUUGCUCUGCACUGGGCCCCCGGCAAUCUGCGUCCACUCCCUGCCCUCUGGACUCACCACCAGGCUUUAGCGUCCCCACCCCGAGUUGGGGCACCCUGA